CAGCUCCUCCCGGAGACCGCGGGGAGGCGCUUCUUCCUCCUCGGGGCGGCGGCGGAGGGAAGGAGGGCGGUCCAGCAGCCAUUUUCGGGGCGGCCGAGCGCGUUCCCGGCGGAGGGUGGCCCGGACAAGUGGGGAAAUUUGGAGGAGACUCCUUUCUCAAGAGGGAUGACAUGCAAUGGCCCCGUUUCGGAGGACCCCGCCCAAAACCUGGCUUGGUUGACUUCCAGACUAGGAACCUUUGUCAAUUUCCCAAGACACUGUCCCAUUCCUUACUCGGUACUCGCCCAGGCAGGCUUCUUCUACACGGGGAAGGGAGACCAAGUCAGAUGCUUCAGCUGCCUUGCAACUCUAGAAGGAUGGAAAGAAGGGGACUCGGUGGUUGGAAGGCACAAAAACGUUUCUCCAAACUGCCGCAUCCUCAACGAUUGCAGCUUCGAAGAGCAUCGUCUACUUUCUGGCCUCCCAAACGGUCCUCCUGGAAGAGAAGCCACCAGCUCCCUCCCACCCAAUUCCGAGCUGUCUUCCGAUUUGGAGGCCGAUUACUUGUUGAGAACCAGGCAGGUGGUGGAUCUCUCUGGCUCCCCGUAUCCCCAGAAUCCGGCCAUGUGCAACGAAGAGGCCCGGCUGAGAUCUUUUCACUCCUGGCCUCCUUACGCGCCGGUCACCCCGGAGGAUCUGGCCAACGCUGGACUCUAUUACCGAGGGGUGGAGGAUGAAGUGGAGUGCUUUUGCUGUGGGGGCAAGUUGAAAAACUGGGAAUUGGGGGACCAGGCCUGGCCGGAACACCGUCGCCAUUUCCCGAGAUGCUUUUUCGUCCUCGGACAUGAUGUGGGAAACGUUGGGACCAUUGCAAAUCAGCCAGGGGAUGCACAGCUGGACAGAAGCAACACCCACAGGGUGCCAGCACGUCGUCCUCCUCCUCCUCCUGCUGCUCAUAACCCCUCAAUGGCAGAUUUUGCAAAGCGCCUCCAGACUUUCGGGGUGUGGAAUUACUCAAUGAGCAAGGAGUGGCUUGCUCAAGCAGGCUUCUACAGCUUAGGUAUCGGCGAUGGUGUGCAAUGCUUCUCCUGCGGCGGCGGAUUGAAAGAAUGGAAGGUUGGUGAGGAUCCAUGGGAGGAACAUGCAAGAUGGUAUCCGGGGUGCAAAUACCUGGGAGAAGAAAAGGGACAGGCUUUUGUGAACAGGGUUCAUUUAAUGCCCCAGGAGUCAACUAUAGAAGAGCCUGAGGAAGUUUUAGCUGUUGAAGACGAAGAGCAUCUGCAAAGCCGGUUGACCCAGACCGCGUUGCAAAUGGGAUUCAGCGCGGAGGAAAUUGGCAAAAUGGUGGAGAGGAAGUACCGCCUUUCGUCCGAGCGCUACCGGUCGGUUGAGGCGUUGGUCACAGACCUAAUCGGGGCCCAGAGGGAAAAUACACCCAGCACGUAUUUAGAAAACCAUCUGCAGAAAGCAGAUCUCAGUACAGAAGAAAAGCUGAAACGUCUGGAGGAAGAAAAGAUCUGUAAGAUCUGUAUGGAUAAGACCCUCUCCAUGGUCCUCAUUCCUUGCGGGCACGUGGCCUGCCAAGACUGUGCGGAGGCGGUUGAAAAAUGCCCCUGGUGUUCUAAGGUCAUUGCAAACCGGCAAAAGAUCUUUAUGCCCUGAUAGGAUUUGCCAGUUGUGGGAGAUUCCACUCAAAACAAAAGAAAACCAAAAGCUGACCCAGAUUCGCAGGUGUCGCCUCCAAAAUGGAUUUAGCGAGAAUCAGCUCUUAAUUGGAUGCACCGGGUUGUGUGGUAUGAAUCACCGAGAGGGUGUUGAUUGGAUUUCAAUCCUACUUAUUAAUUGUAGGGACUUUUAAUCCGAGCGCCUGAAUUGGAGAGCUUGCAAUCGGGUGGGGGUGGCCAGACUCUUUUCAGUGUUUUGUCAUGUUUUCAGUUGUGGAGAAUAUCUUUAAGGAUUGUUUCCCCCCCCCCUUUGUAAAGUUUAUAGCCGAACACACACAAGGACCCCCAAGAACUUGACAGGGGUGGGCAACUCCGCUCGCUUGACCCCCUGUGGACUUCAAUUCCCAGAAUUCUUGGCUCAGGAAUUCUGGGAGUUGAAGUCCACAGGUCGUAAAGUGGACAGAGUUGCCCACCUCUGCGCUAACCAGAUCUUCUUUCCCCCCUUAAGACCGUUAGCGUGGUUAAACUUGCUCCUGAAAGUUACGUUCUUUUUAUUACGUUGGCAUGCAAUACUAGUAACUCUCCAGAUUUCUGCCCAUCCCUGUUGCAAUCUGAAGCAGUAUAAGCCAGACAGGUCAACAGUUUAGCGGAAAGCAGCUGAAUGGAAAAGGGUGUGAAGGAUAUUUCAGAAGAGGUAGAUCUUGUACGUCUCUGGUUUUUUUCCCCGUCCAUUCAAAGGGUAGGUUUUUUUCCAAGGCCAGCAGCACCAAUAACACAACUUUACAAAUCAAAAUCCCCUUUCCUUGCUCUGUCUCUAGGAAGCAAGGUGCCAAUCACGUGGCUUUUUGGUUGACCUGACCAUCUUAGCUGCAGAAAAGAUGCAAUUACUUUCACGAUAUCCCUUUGUGUCCCAGUUCAAGGCUCAUCUGGGUGCUAGCGUGAUCUCCAUAGGUGGAGUAACUGGGAUUGCAGAAACUAGGAUGGAAGCCCACAACCUGAUGUUAGUUUCACAUUCCAGUUUGCACAAAGGCAUCGUAACGUAUGCUUUGGGAUCCAGAUGUCGUGGCAAAGUUCUGACUUUGGGUAAAGAGACACACAUUAGUUUUAGAUAAGUUUGCAUGUCCUUGUUCAUUUUCCUCUGUAGAUUAGUGUCUGCUCAUGUAUCACACUAAUCUACGGAGAAAAAUCAUUUAUGUGUAGAAUUGAGCUGCUGUCUGGUAUACCAGGUUCUCCUCUGAAAUAAAGGAUGCAUUGGGUAGAUUGUUGAUAUUGGUAUAUGUGGCUUUGAGAUAACACUAAUAAGUGGAGGGAAUACCUGAGAAAUGGAUGCAAUCCUUUAAUGUAGACGUUGAGACACAGAUUAUCUGCAUUUCCCCCUUGCACUAGUAUUACAUUAGGUAGCAAAACAUAAGCUGAAGGUAACAUUAAUUGAUUCCAAUCCCUGUUGCCUCUUUAUAGAGGAAAGAGUGAGAACUGGCUAAUGCAUUUCAAUUCCAGAAGAAUAAAUGUGACGGUGGUUUUUAAUUUUACUUCAGGGACUCCUUUCUGAAACUCACUCGUAGGAUGCAAAAUCUCUCAAGCACCCGAGGAUAAUAAAUCCCCUUUUGAGAUUAAAUUAUUCCUCCUCUUCCUAAUUUUGUUCUCCUCAAUCAGGGAAAUCAACAUGCUUAGAUACCUUUUUUCCCAGUAAUAAAUCUGUAUUUUGUGAUUGCCAUCUUGCCAAAACGAUUUAGCUGUUUUACCUUACUUUUUUUCCUUUUUCUUUUAAAUGCUGCAUUUUAUUUAUUUACAUAUUUAUUUGAAACUUGUUUAAAAGAAACACUUUUGUGGCACAAACCAAGACGGCUAAAUGGGCGUCAUCACGAAGCACCACGGAGAAGGCUUUGUUGUGGUCUCUGUUGCAGAAGGGUGCCUGGGUGCGUUUGCUGGGGAAGCUGCUUUGUGUUUGGGCUUUGUGUUUGUUGAACAUGACACUUGCAGUUCAGCCCAAAGGGGUAGAUUUACAACUUCUGCUGACACUUGGGGGAACCAGAAACUGACAUUUUGAAUUCAGAAUGCUGCUAAACUCACUCAAACUCACUUUCUUUCCACUUAGCAAGGCCAGAUAGCCUUGGGGGGGGUGUGUUAAGCUCCUGGAUAGUUGCCGAUUUUUAAAAAAAAAAGUUUUAAUUUGUUUUUUUUGUGGAACGUUCCCUGAUCUGCCCCACUUAUUUUAUAGUUAUUUAUAAAUGGCAUAAUUUGAAGAGGAUCUAACGCAGCUCUUCUUCCUUGUGGCGAGAUCUGAACUAAAGAAAACCUCACCGAUUAAAAACAGGCAAAGAGUUGUGUUGGGGUGUGUGUGUGCGUCAACUGUUGUUCCUCCGACAUCUUUGUGGGUUUCGUUUUAAUCCCUUUGUUCACGUAGAGAAUAACAAGAGCUUGUUUUACAUGGGAAGCUAUUUGGGGCUUUUUCUUCACGAUAGUUGAUCUUUUUUUUCACCUUUUUUAAAAAAAAUGUCACAAAUGCAUCUGGGAAAUUUUUAUGAGCUAUGCAUAUGUUGCGUGUAAAUCCACACUGAAAUAACGGAGCUUUGGAAUCAAGGGGCUUAAUGACUCGGGUUGCAAAUAAUAACUGUUGAUCUUUGACAGCAAAAAUUGAAAUUGUUGACUUUGAGAAGCUAUAUUCCAACGUGUUAAGAUUUAUUUUUUUAGACGUACUAUUACUUAACAUAAUCAUAGAAUUGUUUUGCAGUUGAACUCAAGUGAUUAUUUUUAAUAAAGUGAUUUAUUAUUUUA